CAACAAAUGAACGACUGGUUAACGUUGCUGUCGAUAGUGUUGACCGUACAGUGAAAAAGAUGUUAACACUGGAGGGUACAGACAAACCGUUUUCGGCAAACAAUUAUAUAUACCUUUUGUUUUUAAAUAUAUUAGCCAACAGUACAUUUGGCCAUAGCUAUGAUUUUGAUGAACCAGAAUUCAAAAAGUUAUUAUAUAUAAUAAGAGAUUUUCCUAAAGAAGCCGGAAGUAGAGUACUUUUGUGGGAGUUUUCACCACUUAUACGACUAAUUGACUAUAAAAUGGUUACAAAACACAGACAAUUAUUCAGUGAAAUGAUAGAAAUAUCUGAGAAAAAUUUCAAAAAACAUUAUAUAGAUUACGAUCAGAAUAUUGAACGCGAUUUUUGCGAUGCACUUAUUUCGGCUAAAAAUGAUGCGCUCCGGGAGGGCAAGGAAUCGGCACCAUAUCUUACAGAUAAUAACUUAGUAAUGGCUAUAUUUGAUAUAUUUUUUGCCGGCACCGAUACAUCUCAGCGAACAUUUCAAUGGAUGUUAUUAAUUAUGUUAUACUAUCGAGAGAUACAAAAUAAAUUAAGACAAGAAGUCGAGUCAUUAAUUGGUGACCGAAUGCCAACACAUGAGGACAGACAUCGAUGUCAUUAUAUAAUGGCAUUUAUAUCGGAAAUACUGAGAUUCAGAAAUGUUGUGCCAACCGGUGUCUUUCAUAAGGCAGUUGUUACGAGUAAAAUAGAGGAACAUACAAUACCAGAGGGAAUGUCCGUAUUUGCAUACCAGGGAAUUGUAUUGAGAAACGAUGACAACAAAUAUUGGACUAAUUCUAAUGACUUCAAACCCGAGCGCUUUCUCAAUAGUGACGGCCAUUAUAUGACAACCCGUUCGCCGGCAUUCAUACCCUUUGGUGUCGGACGUCGUGUAUGUUUAGGUGAAAAGUUAGCCAUCGCUGACCUGUUUCUUGUUUUGGUCAGAUUCUUGCAAAGCACUCAAAAAUAUGAUUUAGUUUUGGAGAAUAAUAAAGGCAUUGAUGUCGAUCCCAAUGAUCCCAAUUAUACUCCUUUCGAUUAUAAAAUUAUUACUUACGGAACGACAUCACACGUGUCGCCCGUUUUAGAGUUAAAUAACAACUGUCUUUAA